UGCUUUCGUGGAUUAACCAAACCAAGCCAAAAAAAACCGUCAAAAUGAAAUUUGUUAUCGUAUUCGCUGCCCUCAUCGCUGCCUCAGCCGCUGCUCUUCUCCCAGGCGCCACACAAGACGCACAAGCCUACAUCGUCAGCCAACAAGCCGACAUCGACCCAUCAGGAAACUACCAAUAUGCAUCACAAACCAGCAACGGAAUCUCAGCCCAAGUCAAAGGUACAUUGAACCAAGCACGUUCAGUUGACGCCAGCCCAUCAUAUGCCGUACAAGGACAAUACUCAUACACCGGACCAGACGGUCAAGUCUACACCAUUAACUAUAUCGCUGAUGAGUUCGGUUACCGUGCGUCAGGUGCUCAUUUGCCAGUUGCCCCACAAGCUUAAUUUAAUGUUCAAUCGUUGUUUUUAUUGAAAACUAAAUGUAAAUAAAAGAAAAUUGUUGAAAUUUAUUUAAAAACAAAAACGUAUCUUUCAUUCACUGGAGGAGUCUAAGUUACAGCUCGUGUCAUUUGAGAUUUUUUACUUGUUCAAUAAGUUAAAAAAAAUGAAUACAAGGAAAAUCACAAAUGACGCCUCUCCAUUUCAGACUAAAUUAAACAUAGUGAAUAAGGUGUGAGUUCAAGUGACAAAAAA